AUGAGUGAGCUUAUUCCUAACGAUCCUCUGAGAGAAAUUGAGAUUCAUGCUCCAGAGAUCUUCGAGCCUAGACUUCGAAAACGACGUAUGAGCGAAUUAGUUCCUAAUGAUCCUCUGAGAAAUAUUGAAAUUUACGCUCCUGAAAUUUUUGGCGCAUUACAAAUGAAGAAUGGUGCAAGAG